AUGCAGCGUCGAGGCUUGCGGGACGGGGCGGAGGCCCUGCGGAGCCCGCGGCCCCUCGUGGUGCUGCACGUGUGCUGCUUCCUGUGGGCUCUUUUUUCCCUCUGCCAGAAUGUGGGGCUGCCUAAUUCAGCACGCAGGGAUAGCGAUGACACCUACGGUGGACGUUGGAAAUACCUGACCUUCAUCAACCAGAUUCUGCAAACUUUAUUGUUUGGAAUAUGUGUCAUAAUUGAUUUUAUACUUAUAUUCACGACUGCCAGAAAGAGGAGUGUAUCAUCCAGAUUGUUACCUGUGAAAGACUUCAUCUUCUCGGUGCUAGUAUUCCCUGUUGGUUUAUUUGUUGCUGUUAUGUUUUGGACUCUAUAUGCAUAUAACAGAGAACUUAUAUAUCCUGAGGAGCUGGAUGAGGUUAAUUCAAGUUGGCUUAAUCAUACUAUGCAUACAACCAUACUGCCAUUACUUUUUGUAGAGCUGAUAGCAUGUCCACAUAAAUAUCCUGGUAAACUGAAUGGAGUAAUAGGAGUUAGCAUCUUUGGUUCUUCAUAUCUUAUAUGGAUGCUGUGGGUAAAUUACGCCUCAGGCAUUUGGGUGUACCCAAUUUUAGAAGCCCUAGACAUAGCUGGAAGGAUGUUGCUUUUUGUCACUUCCUACCUUGAGCUGUUAGCGUUUUAUUUCCUUGGUGAGAAGCUUACAGCUUUAUUAUGGGGUGAUACUCAAAAACAUAAGAAGCAAGCAUAGAGAGAAAAAAAAAAGAAAUUGAAAGUGAUUAAAAAGUA